GGAGGAGGCGCAGCCGGCCCGCAGCAUGCUCUACUUCCAGGCGGUGAUCAUGGCGGGCACCGUGAUGCUGGCCUACUACUUCGAGUACACCGACACGUUCGCCGUGAACGUGCAGGGCUUCUUCUGCCACGACAGCGCCUACCGCCAGCCCUACCCCGGCCCCGAGGCCCGCAGCGCCGUGCCGCCCGCGCUGCUCUACUCGCUGGCCGCCGGCGUGCCCGCGCUCGUGAUCAUAGUGGGCGAGACGGCGGUGUUCUGCCUGCAGCUGGCCACGCGGGACUUCGAGAGCCAGGAGAAGACCGUCCUCACCGGGGACUGCUGCUACAUCAACCCACUGGUGCGGCGGACGGCGCGGUUCCUCGGCGUCUACACGUUCGGCCUGUUCGCCACGGACAUCUUCGCGAACGCGGGGCAGGUGGUGACGGGGAACCUGGCUCCCCACUUCCUGGCCCUGUGCCGGCCCAACUACACGGCGCUGGGCUGCCAGCAGCUCACGCAGUUCAUCAGCGGCGAGGAGGCCUGCACGGGCGACCCCGAGCUCGUGCUCCGCGCCCGCAAGACCUUCCCCUCCAAGGAGGCGGCGCUCAGCGUGUACGCGGCCGUGUACCUGACGAUGUACAUCACCAGCACCGUCAAUGCCAAGGGCACGCGCCUGGCGAAGCCGGUCCUGUGCCUGGGCCUCCUGUGCCUGGCCUUCCUCACCGGCCUCAACCGCGUGGCCGAGCACCGCAACCACUGGGCCGACGUCAUCGCCGGCUUCCUGGUCGGCAUCUCCAUCGCCGUGUUCCUGGUGGUGUGCGUGGUGAACAACUUCCGAGGAAGGCAGCCCGAGAGCAAGCACCCGCCCGGGGCGGCCCUGGCCCACGCGCGGACGAUCAGCAUCCCGCGGGCGGCGAGCCCCCUGGAGAAGAACCACAUCACGGCCUUCGCGGAAGUCACAUGAUGCCGGAGCCGCCGGGCCGUCCCUGCACUGGACGGCGUCCCUCUUCACCGUCCACUCCUAGCGCCCAGCGUCCGGCCGGCCGCGCAGGAGCGGCUCCUGUUGUCCGAUGGU